AUGAAGCAGAAGCGCUGGUGUGGGAUAACGGCCAAGAUGGGGACCAUGCUGUCAGGGGUCUUCUCCAUCAUGAUCACCCACUUGUACCUCAUCUUGGAGCAGAAGCACCUGGAGGAUGGCAACUGCACGUACAUCAGCAGCCAGGCCCAGAGGAGCUUCAGGAACACGCUCACUCACUUCAUCAUCUGUUGGAGUUUCAAAAUCAUUCUCAUCCAGUCCUUCAUCACCAUGAUCAUCAGCCUCCUCCUCCUGUACUCGGCCUACGCCCAGAUCUACAGGGGCCUGGUGAUCUACAUCGUGUGGAUCUUCUUCUACGAGGCGGUCAACUUCGUCAUCCAGGUCCUCAUCAACGACUUCAGCAUCGAGGAGGUCAGGUUCGUGCGCUGGAGCGGCCUGGCCUUCCGCUACCUCCUGCACGGCUUCUGGAUGUUCUUUGUCUUCAACUACAUGCAGAUCAUCUACAAAAGCCAAAAGCAAGGCAACAUCAUCUGCUACAACCGACGCAUGUCCAUGGGGGAAGGGGGGAGUUCAUGGCAGAAAUCCAAGAUUAUGAGCUUCGUCCAUCACUAA